UGGUGACAUGGAGUACUACUUCCAAGAUGGAGACACCAAAAUACCAGCAGCCUUCCUGAAUGAGCUAACACCUGUGUCUGGUUCAGCUGUGGUUCAGACCAGGAUGGUCUUCAAUACCUCCUCUCCUGUUCCCAGUGAGAGAUUGGUCCUCAGUGCGAUCCAGACUCUUCUCAGUGCUCGACUCACAAACCUCUCUGACUUUGUAAAAGUGCUGAACUUCACCUCUGAGAAAAUUUCAGACACCUCCUAUGCAGUCAACUUCACAUUGAGCAUCAGUAACAUCAGCAUGUCUAAGAACCCUGACUUCAGGAACGACACCUACACCCAAGUGGAGAACAUCAACAAUAACGUUCUAAACACACUUCUAAAUGAACCUGGUGCAGAACCAUUUGAAUCCCAGAGCUCUUUCUUCACGUAAGCUCACAGCAGUAUUC